AUGCCGGGCAAAAUUUUGCCAACGUUUACCGAGGCCGAGGUGCAGUCGCACACCUCGACCAAAUCCUGUUAUGUCGUGCUGGAUUCGAAAGUGUACGAUAUAACCGAGUUUCUAUACGACCAUCCAGGUGGCGAGGACUUGAUUCUGGAAUACGCCGGAAAGGAUAUCAAAGAAAUUUUGCAGGAUUUAUCGUCCCACGAACAUUCCGAUUCCGCCUACGAGAUUCUUGAGGAAUACCACAUUGGCUUUGUUUCAAACGGAAAAGGACAGGCUAAAUCGAGUGAUGGAGCACAGAGUAAUGGAACGACACGUGCGGUUUAUGAAACUACUGGCAUGUCGAACGAGGAAGACCUUUCCGUUGAGACCGACUAUGCCUCCGAUUACAGCAAGCACAAGUUCUUGGAUUUGAGGAAGCCCAUGUUCCCGCAGCUGUGGUUUGGAGGCUUCUCAAAAGAUUUCUACCUGGAACAAGUCCAUCGGCCCCGACAUUACAAAGGUGGAGAAUCCGCCCCGUUGUUUGGGAACAUUUUGGAGCCUUUAUCGAAAACUCCAUGGUAUGUUGUGCCUAUGAUCUGGGUGCCGUGUGUGGCGUACGGCACCUACGUCGGUGCUGCCGGAUAUGACUUUGGGCUUAACGCUGCGGGGUAUUGGGUAUUGGGUUUGUGUGUCUGGACUUUGAUCGAAUACGGAAUGCACCGUUGCCUUUUCCACAUUGAUAAAUGGCUACCGGAUAACCGGGUGGGAAUUAGUCUACACUUCUUGCUGCAUGGUAUCCAUCAUUACUUGCCCAUGGAUAGAUACCGUCUAGUCAUGCCUCCGACUCUCUUUGUCCUGCUCGCCGCUCCGUUCUGGAAAUUCGCGCAUUUUGUUCUCUUCCACAACUGGUACGCUGGACUGCUAGGAUAUUGCGGUGGCGUCUUCGGUUAUAUCUGCUACGAUCUGACCCACUACUUCCUCCACCAUCGCAACCUACCUCUCUACUACAAACAGCUCAAGAAAUAUCACCUGCAACAUCACUUUGCCGAUUAUGAGAACGGCUUUGGCGUCACCAGUCGUUUCUGGGACCGUAUCUUCGGCACUGAGCUGGAGAUCCCACCUCCCAAGGUCUUGAAGGCAGAGUAA